ACACACUCACACGCACGCAAACACACACACAAACACUUAGAGGUAGAGUUAGAGGUGAACAAUACACACACACACACACACACACACAGUGUACAGCAGUUGCGCUGGAGCGGCUGUGACAUCAGUCAGCAUGAGAGGAGCUAAGUUUCCGGGCUGAUCGGUGCUGUCGCAUUCACAGAGUGGACGUGAAGCCCCGGGACGUCGAGGAUCCGCGGGGACACUGGACAGAAACAGCCGCUCUGACACGCGCGGUGCUCGGAUACUCAGCAGCAGCAGCAGCAGUAGCGGCGGCGGCGGCGGCGGCAGGAGGACCAGGGCGACCAGGGCGAGUGUGUGUGGCGAGGCGGCGGGACCCGCUGCUAGCGAAACAUGAACAAGAACCACCGGGCGUCGAGCAGCCGUUCACUCAGUGCCGUGGAGGUUAAGAGCAAGUUUGGUGCAGAGUUUCGUCGGUUCUCUUUGGAUCGGUCCAAGCCAGGCCGAUUUGACGAGUUCUAUGGCCUCCUGCAGCACGUACACCGCAUCCCCAAUGUGGACUUGUUGGUGGGCUACGCUGAUGUGCAAGGCGACCUGCUGCCGAUCAACAACGAUGACAACUACCACAAGGCCAUCUCCACUGCCAGCCCUCUGCUCAGGCUGUUCCUGCAGAGGAAAGAGGAAGCUGAUUACACAGCCUUUGGUACCAACUCGCUGACCAGGAAGAAAAACACUGUGCUUUCUGCGGUUCUUCUACGGCCUGACACCAACAGGAAAAAACCUCCUGUCAUCAUUAGCCUCCCUAAGGACUUUCGCCCCGUGUCCUCCAUCAUCGAUGUGGACAUCCUCCCUGAGACGCACCGACGUGUACGCCUCUACAAGCAUGGUCAGGAAAAACCAUUGGGCUUCUACAUCCGUGAUGGUUCCAGCGUACGGGUCACUCCACAGGGCCUGGAGAAGGUGCCAGGGAUAUUCAUCUCUCGCAUGGUGCCUGGUGGGCUGGCAGAGAGCACCGGCCUGCUAGCAGUCAACGAUGAGGUGCUGGAAGUGAACGGUAUUGAGGUGGCCGGGAAGUCUCUGGACCAGGUGACGGACAUGAUGAUUGCCAACAGCCACAACCUCAUCAUCACCGUGAAGCCUGCUAACCAGCGGAACAAUGUUGUUCGCGGUGGAGGAGGAGGAGGAGGAGGAGGCGGCGCGUCUGGAAGCUCAGGACGCUCAUCAGACAGCGGGGCCAGUUACUAUGGCUACUCAUCACACGGUGGUGCUGCGGCCUCCAUGCCGUCGCACAUCAUCCAGAACUUCCCUGUCGGGGAGCUGGAGAGCGACGAGGACGACGAGGACCUGGUGAUCGAGGUGGGAGGUGAGGCCGAGCCAAUCAGACGCUCCCCUUCCAACUACAGCAUGCCCUCACCACCCCGGUAUGAGCCGCACCUCAACCUCCGCACUAACACCAACUCCGCUUCUGCUCAUUCCAUCAAUGCCAAUGGGACCCUGCUAGCCAGCGGCAGCAGUGGAUCACUAAGCUACGCCAACGCCACUUCGACCACGCCAUCUCCAGACAGAGCAAUGGAGAGGCGGAGCCUGGAGGAAGAUGGCACUGUUAUAACUCUGUAGACAUUCACACACUAAACACUGGAAACAAACGCAAAAUACUUCCUCACACAUUUGGGGGAGUCAUGGACCGUUAGUUCAAACAAAGGGUCCAUCGUACAGUGACUGUAUCUGAGAAGCACAAUGAUGUGUGUACAUAUUACAUCUGAAAGCUAAAUGUUUGUACAUCCCAACAUGUACACGACAAACAUUGCACCCUAUACCUUGCACCUCUACAUGCCAAUAAUCACGCAUGUGUGCCAUAGUGGUGACUGGCCCCCAUCCUAAGUUCUUCAGGCACAAAAUUGUCUCAGACAGAAGUGAAGAAAAAGUGUAGUUUGGUUCUCCACUACCCUCCACUUUGUUUUUUAACCACUAGAAGCACUUGUUUUUAAUCCCAAACUGUAUUUCUGCUGAAUUUCCACUAGAGGGCAGAGAUGAGAUAUUGUCAUCAAACCAUUUGUGGACAAUCUGGUACUGUUUUAUUUUUUUGCCUUGUCUCCCCACACCUCCACCCCUGCACCGUACUACAUCUCCCAGGUGACCACAGCCCCCGCAUUACUCAUAAGCUGUGGUACUUUCCACAGAAUUAUAUCCUACUACAGCAAUUGACCAGUAGCUGAGACCUGCAAUAAAACUUUUUAUUUUUUGUUAGAGGGCGAACGAUCUAAAAACAAGGAAGUCUUUGUGUUGGUUCAGAUGCUUUUUUUUAAACCACUAUUUUUAGUAGCUUUUCCUCUUUAUAUGCUGUGUUAAUGACUGAAAGGUUGAUGAUUUUUAAUAAUAAUUAUUCUUCCCAUUAACAAUAGGCCUGUAUCUUUAUAUGAUUUGCAUAUUUUGUUUAUGUCAAAUUUGUUUGAAUACAUGAUAGGGCUGUCACUUUUUCUAAAAAGGGUUAGGGUUAACCAUGUGCAGUCCCCCCUUGCAACGCAAAACAACAUAACUGACCUACUUUAUCGAUGGCAAUUGAUCAAGCUGACAGUGAUCGGCCUCUACUGGAUCAUCUGAUGCGCUUCUAGACUGAAUGCUUUGAAAUUGAACAUGUCAUUAAAGGUCAAAUACUAACUUAUCUUCCCACGUUGGAAUUUAAGUUUUAAUUUGAAUAUAAAGUGACAGCCCUAACGUAUUAGUGUAUCUCACAGGUUACGACAUAGACCAUAUUCCAUCUGUUUCACCUCACUCACGUAAAACUGCUUCUCCCUGGGAAUGGGACAUGUUAGAAGUAAUAAUCCUUAAUCUUGCACUCCCUCUCCUUUCAAUGACAAGGGCUAUUUCCCCUGCUGCAUGUCUACAAAUGAGAAAAUGUGAAUGUGAUUUAAAUUUGUUUCUGUUUGUUUGUUUGGUGUCUCCCCCUUGGUUCUGUCUGGGCAACAACACAAUAUAUCUUAUCUCAGUGCUGUACAAUAUAUUCAUGUCUGUUUAUCCACAGGCCCUGAGUUCACUUGGAUGUGUCCUGAGUCAUUCACAUAUGAAAAGCGAUCACUCCAGUGUUUCUGCACCGUUUCCUUUGUGUAUCAUCGUUCUCAUUGAACUCAAUUAACGACACUCAUUGCACAUCGAUUUUUGGGCUGUAACACUUUUAGCAAACACAACCACAGAAAUUAGUUGAAAGGACUGGUAUACAAACACACACACACGCACACACUGACAGUAGAGAAACUUCCUGUAUCUCAAAGUAAAGCCCGGUUGAGUCACAUUGAAACAAACACACAUGCAGGUACACUGGGCACAGACUGAUUCACUUUGUUUGUCGAAGGUGAGGCUGGUCUGCUGAAAGUACUGCAUGUCUUUUUACUGCAGUACUGUUUUCAUAAACCGUUCUUAAACACUGUUUUAAAAUUCAUGUGACCUUCAAGGCAAAUUUCAGAUUUUGGAAGCUGUAGAAACUUGAGUGACUUGACUCCAUUUGCAGAAUUUUACGUUUAUCCGAAUCCACCAACAAACUUUUACAUGGCAUUAAAUUGUAUGUGAGGGAUUUAUUGGUCCUUGAAUCUAAAUUAAUUUGCUGCUGACAUUACUUAUUGUUUGAAAAGCGGUUCACUGCCUCUCUGAAGUCUAAGCAGAUGGUCUUUUUAUUAGCAUUUUGCUGUCCUGUAAUAGGUGAUAUCUUUAACAUUAUUGCUCAUUAAAACUUUGUUGACUCCCAACCUUAGCCAUUUUGCCUUUCACACAUGGAGAAUGCCGCAGUAGAUUCUCUUCUCAGACGCGUUCACAACAACACAGGAAUCUCCGGAGCGUUCAGGUGAAGAGUGAUGCUGAGGCAGGAAGUAACGUUAGCUGCAGAGAUCACGUGUUUUGUUUACAGCACAUCAACACCGACGUUGUCUUAUCACCAAAAAGCUGUCAUGACAUCUCUGUCUGUGUCUUCCACAUGAACGGCACUUAUGCAAAAAUACAACGUCAUGUAACCGUCAUCAAACACCUACUCGUUUGCGGUGAAUCCUGCAGAAGAUAUCCUGCCGUUUUCUCACAUGGGUUCAAUCGGACACUAUGCAGACUUUUUACUCGGGGGCUGGCUGGAUAAAGUCCGGUUCUCACCUGAAGCCCCUCAGGAGAAUGACAGGAGAUUAUCUGGAGUUCGGUGAAUGUCUGAAAAGCGGCAAAGUCUCUGUCAGUAAGGUCUAUUGGUGUCAUUUGAGCCAAUACUCACUUGUAAUAACCCUAUAAUCCAUACCACACCAUUUAUCAUUGUAAUUUUCUGGUUAUUAUUCAAAUCACAUAUCAGAUAUAUAUGUAUAUGACUGGAAACCAACACACAGGACAUGUAUGUGCAUCCGCCAUUGUAUUUCACGAUAUAUGUACGAGGUACUGUUUCUUUGGCCUUUUUUUUUUAUAGUCGCGCUGGUGAUGGUUAGAUUCUGGCUUCUUUCACUCCCAACAUCAAGCACAGUGAUCAAUGGUACUCUUGAAAGGGAGUUUUUUUUUUUUUUUAAAUCAAUGUUAAUUUAUUUUCUUUAUCUCUUUACCACAGGACACUGGGAUUGUAACCAUGGCGGCAUUUGUUAUUUAUUCUCUAAUCAUUUGUUUUGCAUAUUCUCUGUUCACAUUGUACGACUUUAUUUUAUAUAUUGAUUGUUUUGGUUGUACAUCUCAUGGUACAGUAGAUGUUAUUGCCCAUUAGGAGACGUUUUUAAUCGCUGAUUUCCCUGUUCCUGAAGCAAGAGGAGAAUCUGUGCAAGACAUGACACUAUUAUUUUUAUUUUUACAAACUGUGAAUUAUCAUUAUUAUUUUGUUGGAGAAAAGAAACAGUUCUGUCGGUGUAAUUUCAAAAAAUGCGACUUGCUCUUUGCUUUUGAGUCUUUACUUUUUUUUUAAGUGAUUGAGCAAUGAUUUUUUUUUUUUUUUGCUAGCCAGAUAAAUCCUAUGGUAUAGAUUUAUAAUGAAGAUUGUCAGUAUUUUCAUAUCGAUGCUAUAUAUGAUGAUGAUGUACAUUUUUAUCACGUUUAAUGAAAAUGUUUUAAGAUUCAACUGGAGACUAAUGAUUAAAUAGAUGUACACCUGUACUGAUUUAAGGAGCUGGAUAAAAUAAAGUCUUGUAGCAACCCUCA